AUGACGUCCCUCCGCGAGACAAUCAUUGCCGGAUUCCCGAACGACAAGUGCAACUUGCCGGAGCAGCUGCAACCAUUCUGGAACGCCCGCCACCAGCUGGCUAUCGACGAGGACGACGGAACAACUGUAAUGGGCCCCCGCGUAGUAAUACCUCGCUCCAUGGUCCGCCAAACAAUCCAAGUCCUGCUAGGUAUGCACCAAGGAGCCAGCAAGAUGCGCCAGAGGGCCCGUUUAUCCGUAUUGUGGCCAGAGAUGAAUGUCGACAUAGCCAACGCGGCAGCCGCCUGCGACUCAUGCAACAGCCGGCUAGCGUCCCAACCCAAAGAAACUAUCCGUCACCACGAACCAGCCACGCGCCCCUUCGAAUUCUUACACGCAGAUAUGGGAGAAGACAACGGGCGGCAUUUUUUAGUCAUCGUGGAUCAAUUCAGUGGGUGGCCCCACUUCACCAUGUUCCCAAACAAGAUCACCACGGCACGACGUCUCAUCGACGAAUUCCGCAGCUUCUUCGUCUCAAUUGGAGGCGCCCCAAUCAAAAUCUGGUCCGACAACGGACUCUUCCCCGCGGCCGAGUUCCAAGACUUCCUGCGUGAUUGGAAGGUCGGAUGGGAGUCAUCAUCACCGCAUUACCCGCAAUCCAACGGUAGAGCCGAAGCAGGAAUCAAGGCAAUCAAAGCCCUCGUGGCCGGAUCACGAACGGGCGGCACGUUUGACCAAAACAAAAUGGCCAAAGCGCUCUCCUCUACCGAAACGCACCCCGCAUGGGCCUCCAGUCGCCCGCACAACUAA